GAAAAUGAAUUCACCAUCAUUAAACUGUCAGAAAAACAUCACAAAUACAUACUUAAAAAGAGAAAAAUCAUGAGCGAAGCACGGAUUAUUAGAAGCUCGAGUCAACAAAACCUAGGCGUAAGAAGUUUAAGUGAUCAUAGGAAUGUAUCUUCUUCGAAAACCAAGAACUUAAGCAAACAAUCCAUCGACCCAAAACAAAAUGAAAUUCCAGACGGUUCGAAAACGAAACUAAAGAGUACCGAGAAGAUACUACCUAAGACGAGUAGGGCGGGGGAGGUACAAACAAUAAGGAAAUGUCUCAGAAAAGGUUCCCGCGUCUGCUAUACAGAUAUGGAGAACAUAACUGUUCUGAGGAGGAUUCCCGAGAGGGAUACUUCCAGAAUAUCCUUUGCGAGCAUUCCGGAAGAUGAAGGACUUGAGAAAGUUGACAGUUACAGGUCAGGAGAAUCAUUAUUCAAGACCUUCACUUUCGAACAGACGAGGGACGUGGACGAUCCAGAAACGGUGAAAUGCAUCGAGUUCUGGAAGAGCGUCAUGAAGAAAAACUUGGCGCCGAUCAAGUGUACGCUUCUGGAGAACGGCAAAAGACCGGCGGAAAAAAAGAAGCGAAAGUCUUCGAAGUCGUCCAAGGAAACACUCGGCGAAAUCAAGAAAUCCUCGGCUGGGACGGAAAAGCUGAACUUUAACGUUGACGGGGCGAAGUUAUGGUCCGAAGCUUUGAGAGAAAUACGGAAGAGAAAACUUGAUCAAUUGAAACUGUAUGUAAGGGAUAGAUGCAAGUACUGCACUGAUCCCUUCACUAGGGAGCUGAGGGAUAAACUGGGCGUCGAAUCCACAGAGGAACAGCAAUCAGUAAUCCUGUCCUUGAAUGAAUGGAAGCCCAGGAGUGAACAAAUGGAUCUGAUGGAUAAUUUCAGUGGACCCAGUCUCAAAAAACGGUAUUCCAUGAAGACGAAGAAAGCAUCCAGUUCUCAAACCGCGGAAACCAGGGUGCACGAAAAGUCGACCACCGAUCAGGGGGCCAAGGAACCGCCCGCGAGCCACUCGAAAGCCAAGAUAGCGAUACCUAAAGAGGGGGUUCCCGCCACCGAAUCCAAACCGCCAGUUUCUGGACAGGAAAGCGCCAAAAAGCUACCCUCUAUCCUGAAGACCACUUCGAAAGGCUCCCAACAACGAAGCGGCGCCUUAUCGGACUCCUCCAAGAAGAGCGCGGCCCCUCAGAUGUCUUCCGUGGAAGUCCAGGCCCCCAACAUCAAAUGCCCUUGCGAAUCGGACACUUGCGUCUGUCCCCACAGGGCCGCCGCCAGGAAUAGCAGGACCAGCUUUGUCGAAAUCGCAAGGAAAAAUAUGUUGGAUCAAGACGGUUCUACGGAAAAGUUCUUCCCCAAAUCAGGAGAAGCGUGCAUAUGUGAGAACUUCAGUCCCCAGCCCUGGACCAAGCUCACCUGUGUCAACGAUCCAUGUCCGGCAAAAAUGCCCAAAGUCAAAGUGCAAGAAAGCAGUUCAGAUUUCAACCUGAAUCGCAUACUGGGUGUGAAUGAGGACAUCUGCGUGUGCACAAAGACAUUUGACGUUAUUUGCCCCAGUGAAAACUGCAAAAAUAAAAUAAGUCACGGGUCUCUGAUUGAAGGAUUCCCCGAAGUCAAAGGAGCCGAAAAUGAAUACUGCGUAUGCAGUACCGAGGAUUCCGAAGCGCCUUGCACCUCCGAUGUCUGCCCAACUAAAACGCCCAAAAAGAUCUCCACAACAUGCAUAUGCGCUUCGAAUUUGCCCUGGUCCCAAGCCACUUGUCAGUCGUGGAACUGCCCCCAUCACAGGAGGAUAAGAAUAAGAACCGCCGACGAUGAAAAAAUAACGUUCAGAGGCCACCCGCCCAUCAGAGAAAUCACCUCGACCUGUCUAUGCAAAGAAGAAAUGGUAUGGACCGACGUUACCUGCCGUUGCCAGGUUUGCGCAGGAAAAUCCGACCCAGAUUCCAUCAUGAAAUUCAGGGAGAAGAAAACCAGCGUGAUGAAGACCACUCUCAAAACGAAAUCUAGCAGCAAAGAACUGAUGUUGGGAAGGAAAUCUAGUCGUAGAGGCAAGUCGACAUCCAGAAUGAGCUUGGAUAAAGUGAUCAAAGAAAAGGAGAAGGUUAAACAGAAAGUGGUACCGGUAGAAAAGGGCAACAAAUGCGUCUGCUCUGCUGCACCUCCAUGGAAGAUCGUGAGCUGUCAUAAGAGAUGCAACGCUAAAGAUGGCGGGGAGAAAACCAAGAGCAACUUGUCGUUGUUGAGCGUUGAUCAUGGCCCGAAAGAUGAGGAAUGUGUCUGCAAGGAUGCUAACAUUGAGCCGAUAUGCAAAGUACACAAAUGUCGAAACAGGGAAACGCAUGUCGAAUAUCCACCACCCUGCAUCUGUCCCAAGGACUUCGAGGAGACGGAGCACGAGUUUAGAUGCAUCUCAGAAACGUGUAAAAUGAAGAAAAUCGAUCGUUCUUGUCUGUGCAGGUUGGAACCGGACACACCUUGCGACGCCAAGACUUGCGUAUCGAAACCAAGGGGUUCUAAAACGUUAACGCAAAACAAGAAGCCCCUAAGAUACGAUCCCAAAUGUAUCUGUAAGGUUCGCGGUUUGCCAACGACGCAAGAAGUCAGUUGCUUGGCUCCAGAAUGUCCGUUCCAGAAGAAGUAUCCGAAGAUGGCUAAGAAGAAGAUUCCCAAACUAUUCGUACCUCCUCCCUACGAAUACAAGACUUCCUCUGAAGAAACUGUGACAAAAUGCAUAUGCAACACAAAAGAUGCAUCGAUAUCUGUCAAAUGUCAUAGUCUCACUUGUAAAAAAAAGAACAAGUCUGACCAGAGCGGUGAUACUACGAUGGAGUACUACGAUGAAGAGCAAGAAGUAUGUAUCUGCAAGGAUGAACAAACGGAAUUCACAAAAGACCAAGAGGUGAUCUGCAACACAAUUCAAUGCCACAAAACGUCCGUGGGUGAAGAUGUGACGAACGAUAAGUGCGUCUGCGCAAACCUGGAGGAGCCAUGCUACGAACCAACAUGUCCUUCGGCAGACAACGAAGUUAAACACAAAAUAUGCAGCGAAAUUAUUAUGCAAACGAAGGAUCGGCCGUACUGUUAUAUCUGCGGACAUUACGAGUGUGCUUCUACUAAAAAACUAACGAAAACGUGCGAAGAAGUAUACACCGAUAUGGAUGACAUGUAGUAAAGGUUUAAACAUAUUAAAGUAACACCUGUAUCAUUUUC